AUGGGUUCCGGCAACAGUAAGCCAGCCGAACGUAUCUUCGAUGGGUAAAAGCACAGAAUCUCCUCCUCCUCCUCUACAAUCCUCUCCGGUGAAGGAAACUGGUAGUAGGUAAACAGAAGGGAGAAUUGCUAAUCCGGAGUCACCCAACAGCAGCGAAAUUCCGGUGCGUUUCUCCAACAACCUCGUCGAAGCGCUGCAAUCCUCCAGCGAGGUUUUUCCUUUCCCUCCCCGUCCUCACCUUAUACACGCAUUGCCCCCCGAUAGGGCUAUUUAACACUACGGGCUAACGCAAUUCCUACCCGGGCAUAAACAACCAGACAAACAGCACCCGUGAAAAGUCGUUAGAAAUAGAGGUCCAAUCCCGCGUCGAGAGUGAACUUCAACGUCUGAAAUCGCGGGAGUCACAGUUUCUGGUUGACCUGGAGAGUAAGCUCCCCGAGAACGAUAAGAAUGGGGAUACGAAGGGACUGGGUAGGGAGCAAGUACAGGCCGAGAUCGAUGCGUUAAAGAAGAGGUUGGAGCAUAUGCCUAGGAUGGUCAAAAUUGAUGGCGAGGUGGAGAGGGCGAGGGAGGAGGUUGUCAAGUGCUUGAGAUGGAAGUGAGUUGAGCUUUACCGUCGAAACGAUGGGGGGGGGGGGGGAACGAUAUGGGGAAGUGGAAAGGGAGGGAUUGGGAUGGUGGGCUAACGGAGUGCGAUAGCGACCGGACACCGUUAGAUUGCUAUAAAGAGGUAGAGGAGUUCAAAAACCAGACCAGACGGCUGGAGAAAGCAUUCGUUGUCCGGACUAUAGGAAGGGACUACCCAUGAGGGGAGUUGAUCGAUUUAGGGAGUUGUUCGCAAUUAGAUCUGAUGGUUGGAUAGGUUGUUAAUGGGUGCCUGCAUUUCUGGUUUUGCUCGUGGGACGGUAUCUCUAUUUGGUACUAGAAGAUGCCUCCCUGCGAUCUCACCCGGAGGAUAAAAUAAAUGUAUAGAUUUGGGAUGUCG